AUGCAUCACACUUUCACUGGCAACUCUCGUCGGCCGCGGCAGGUGAACCUGAGCGGCCGCAUCAACGAUCCCUUCGCUGCAUUUUCGCCCGGUAGACAAACGCCGCAUGCUUCCAAUCCACAGCUCGCCGUCGCAAUAGCACGCCAGGAGCGAAUCCAAAGAGAGAAGGAAAGAGAGAAGCAGAGUGCUGCCCGUGUCGUACAGCGCGUGUGGCGGGGCUACAGCAGCAGGAAGGCAACACAUGGAAGAUGGCGCUCUGAAUGGGAUGCGGUGGAACAAAAUCUGGCGGACGCUUUCGAGGUUUCUCCCGCCACGCCGUCAAGCGAAAGUUGGUCAUCGUCAGCACGGCGUCCUGCACCCUAUGCUACAGCAGACCAGUGCUUCUCACAGCUUCAGCUGCUCGUUCAGUUUGUGUCUGCACAGAAGAGUGAUGAUGUCCUCCGCCUCGUAUACUUCGUUGAUGCUUUUGAGCAAACCUUCCGGCGCCUGCCUACGAUCGCUACCGAGGGCGAGUGGACGACCCUGCUCAAACGGUUGAGCAGAGCUAUUCUGAAUGUUCUCAGUUCAGCUUCGAAACCUGCUGUUCCGUUCGGGGCAGUCGAGCCUCUUCUCCAAGCCUUGGUUUUCUUGGCCGGUUUGAUUCCGAAGCAGAUGGCUAAGAUCGCAGACACAUACUAUCAUGCUCUGGCACUUCUCACUACGAAUUCCUCCAAUUUGCAUCUACCAGAUAUUGACGCAAACGAACUCCGACGAGAUCAGGGUAUCAACCCGGCCAAGAUAAAAGAAGCUGUUCUUGCAAUUUUGCGCCCAAUUACUUCGGAGACAAUGACGGCCUACGAGGCCUUCGCUACAUUCUACCUCACCAUUCCAAGUCUUGAGACCUAUCUGGGCGCCCUGGAUGGACUGGCUAGCGAGAUCAACUAUAGAAUGUUGGCCUUGGCGGUAUCUGCUCGCUUAGCCUCAAACUCCAAGGGCGUCUUGGAAGAUGCACAAGCUCGUUCAUGGCUUCUUUCUUACCUGAUUUUCUUCCAAAAAUAUGCUCUUGGCAGUCAAGCCAAGUAUCAUGCUCCAGAAUUGGAUUUUGUAACGGUAGUAUCGGAUUUAUUGAACUCAACAGCGACACAUCUCAUGCAAGGCUUAGAUGCAGACGAAACGAAUGACCUGGACGAGCCAAAUCUGUCGCGCUCUCUUCCUCCGUUCAUAAGAAAUCAGGUUACAGGUCUCGUCAAUCAGAAUAGCGUCACCGGACUUCUUUCCAGGAUUCGAACGUCCCGUCUACCUCAGGCGAUUUCAACACAAAGUGACUCUGAUGCUUCUAAAGAGGCCAGGGUUCUUGCUACAUAUGCCUUGAGCCUGCUCCGGAUCUUCCCCAGGCGUGGUGAUGAUAUUAGAAUGUGGCUGUACCUCGGCUCCGCACCCUCAGGGGGACCAAGCGUCCGGCCUACCUGCGAUCAAAUAUUUCUGGCAGGCCUCUAG